CAAAAACCUGAGUUUGCAACCCUCAUUUUAAGAAACAAUGGAGCAGCUGCUCCACUUUUGUCACAUUUCAGGUGUAAAUAUAUGAAAUAGAACAGACUGGUCCUUACCGAAAUACAUAGCUCAUGCUUUUAAAAACAAGAAUGCUAUAAACAUUUAGCAAAGGCUUUAUUGAACUCAUAAAACCAAAGAUUUUCACAGGUCAUCUGAGGUUCCUCCACUUAAAAACCUCAAUAAGGCCAAACUUCGCAGUAGUUUCUCAGUCAGCAGAUCGUAAAUAUAUUGAAAGGUUUGUGAUUCCGCGUCCGCUCUCUUUCCUUUCUCCAUUACACGCACUUGGCCGCGUCCUGGCUGCUGAUCUGGCUGCUGCCGCCGCGCGUAAAUGGAAUGCUUUUACGCACCGCGCGCGUUCACUUUAAAGGAGGUUUAAUCGCUUUUUUUGCCAUUCCCAUGCCUCGCCUGGUGCUUAAGUAGGGCUCCUGCGCUGGUGAUGCGCCGAGGAUGUGAGGAAUGGAUGCUGUAAUACCUCACAAAGCUAACACCAGAGGGUGGGGGUAAAAAGCGAGGCGUGCGUCACCGGCAACUAAACGCCAGAGGGACAGAGACAUCAAUAACAUCGCGUUCAUCAAUAAGGAAUCUGGAUGGAGUUAGACGGUUUAUUAAAUAGGCCGCUCUCUGAAUUUGAACGCUUUAAUGUGAUGACCCCCCAAGGAGAACAACUGAGGGAAGACUUACUAGGACCUCCAUCCUACCGCUCGGUGAUGGCUAUCAACACUGAUGCCGCUUUCGAGAAGAGUGGCCUGGGCGAGAGGGAAGUCUCCAACUUAACCGACUUCCAGGACACCGAGAAGCUGCUGAGCAAAACCCCCGCCGAUCCGACCGGGGAGAGCAACCUCAAACCCUCCGACUCCUUCCCUCUGAACACCAGAAGCAGCGUCCGCUCCCUGGACGCGGAGCAGAACGGACGCCGGUCCCCGCUGAAGUCGGGAUCCAUCGGGCAGCUGACGGCCCCACCCAGAUCUACUUCCCGGCUCAGCCUGGGCCAGCUCUCCUCCCCGGUUCCACCGGGAUCCGAGCCGCCCAGUUACCUCUGGCUGGCCGUGGUGUCCUGCUUCUGCCCUGGAGUGCCGUUCAAUGUCUGCGCCUUGUGGUACGCGAAUGUGUCGAGGUCAGUUCUCCACACGGGAGAUAUCGAGGGAGCAAGAAAGUAUGGGCGUCGAUCAAUGCUGCUCAGUGUUCUGGCGAUGCUGACGGGUGUGGUUGUAAUCAUCUUCAUAGUGCUUACAAUAGAGGCCCAACAAUGAAUCAAGGCGGAUGGAAACAGUUUCCCUUAACUUCUCCAGAUCUCUAAAUUGCACAGAGGAAAGAGGAUCUCAGAUUGAAGACAGAAGGAAGCACAAAAUAUGAGCUGAAAAAAGUCUGAAGGAAUUCCAAUGUGCACAUUUUUUUUUGUUCAGUUUUUCUGCUGUGGACCAAAAAAGAAAAAAAAGUAUGAAGAAAGAUGAUGUGUGUCAUUCGUCCUUUUCAGGAAACGCUCCUGCUUGAUAACCCCACAAACUCAGGAAUAAAGGAAUGAGGAGAAAUCCUUUCAGAAACCAAACUAGACGGACUUUAAGAGGAAUUUAAGGACUCCCAUAAGAACGAGUGUAAUAGAGUGAAGAUAAAGAAAUGAAAGAGAAAGCAAACCCUGCCUGCUGUUUAAAAAAAUCUGCUACAAUCAACUGGACUUUUAUGGCUGAAGGGAAAAAAAUCUGUUUACAAAAAGUUUAAAAUGGAGAUGCACCGAUAAAGAUUUCUGUUUUCAGGUCUGAACUUUAGAUUUCCUGCAUUUUAUUCUGCAGGUUCUUUCAUAUUUUUAAUAGUUCUGACUCCUAAAAGCUCGGCUUGGUUGGCUGAUGCUUUCAUAGCCACAACUUUCGACUUGUGGGCCAAAUAAUUAAGUUAAAAGCAAAAAUAUAUUUAUCCAAUUAAAAAAGGCAAGAAUAUUCCUACUAAAUAAACUAGAAAAGUAAUAUUUUAAUGAAACUAUAUGAGUUCAGGAAUAGGCUUUAUGUCACUUCCAUCCAUCCAUCCAUUUUCUAACACCUUUGUCCCUAAUGGGGUCGGGAGGGUUGCUGGUGCCUC